AUGCCUCGGUCUGAAGAGGCAGACGCCCAAUGGGAGAUUUAUAAAGACGAAUUGGAGUCUUUAUGGUUAGACAAGCGCUGGAAUGCGAUGCAGAUCCAGGAGUAUAUGUCACAGCAAUAUGAUUUCCACAAAGAUCAGUCGCAGUACAAUCGUCGAUUCCAUAAAUGGGGGUUUGAAAAGAAUCUGAGAAAAGACGAAUGGGAAUUUAUUGCUCAUCGCCAGGCGAAGCGUAAAAGAGAAGGAAAACCACCCGGCCAAGUCAAGAAACAUAACAGAACCAUCCCAGAUGAAAAGGUUCGGAAGGAAACCUCUAGAUAUGUGAAUCUAUCCUCUCAAUACUUAAAUACUGAUGACCCAGGCCCUCCGACUCCAAAUGGAAUAGCCGUGGACACUCCCCAGCCUGAGGUUGAAAGUUCUGUAUCUAACAGUGCGGCAAAUAGUCUUGGGAUGACGCGUUCUCUGGGCGUGGGUAGCGAUCUUGGGAACCAGAUAACCCCAGUUCCGUUCCUGCUUGGGGAUAUGGCUUCUCCUUCACUAAUGAUUGACCUGCCAGAACUUGAAUCACUCAACCAUUAUUUCAGUCAGGCUCAUGAGUUUCUGUUGGACUCCUGUGGCUCUGAAGAAAAUUUGAAAGACAAUCUUCCGCCUAUGUCGACACCUUGGACAUCCCCAUCCACUGUUGGAAGGGGUUUUCUUGAUGCCAAUCGCGAUUUCAUGUUCAAAGAUCUUCCAACAGUGACCGAACAAUGUGAACUUGAUGAAGUCCAGGCAUAUGCCUUGCAAAACUCUGAUGAAGGCGGCGUGGAGCCUGGCUCUUUUAGAGAUAUUAAAGCUUUCUUGGCUAAAGAGACCGAUUGGAGCUCUGCACAACCUUCAAUGUCGACCCUAAAACGUUGUUUGCGAAAUUUCAUUUAUCUUUCAUCAAACGAUAUGCUUUCUGACCAUUCAACACGAGACCUUGUACUUCUCAUCGCAAAAAGCAACGCCUAUUCAGUCCUGACAGCAGUCUUGAAAUCUCGAAGCACCACUAUUGAAAUCUUCAUGAGCAAUCUACUAUCAGCGGCGGUGGGUCUAGGUGAAACACAGAUUUGUCGUAUCCUCAUUCAACACGGUGCAGAUUUAGAUGCUCGCAGUGGAAUGGGAAUGUUGACAGCACCUCUUUUGCAAGCAGUGCAACAUAAUCAUCUCGAUUGCGCAAGAAUGCUCCUGGAUGGGGGUGCAAACCCUAACUUAAGAGUUGGGGCCAGGUCCCCAUUACAUGUCGCCUGUUUGAGCGGUUGUCCACUGGAGGCCGUGGAACUCCUUCUACAUUUUCAGGCCUCAGUUAAUCCACCUCAGGAUAGUGCUAAGCUGACACCCUUGCAAAUGGCCGUGGAUGCUGAUAGAGCGGAUUUGACGGAGCUUCUGCUAAGGAGGAAAGCCGAUCCGAAUCUUCCCACAACUUCAAGACUCGGAACGGCUCUACAAAUAGCCUGCCAAUCUUCUUCAAACGCCGACAUUGUUGAGCUACUGGUGUCUGCCGGUGCUGACAUCAACAUGCGAGUGGGAUCUCAAGGUGUUCAAAUAAAGACGACGUUUUCCGAAGGUUGCCUAUUCGACUUUCUCGAUUCCGACAGUGACGAUUCUAAUUCUGACAUUGAAACGAGCAAUUAUUUUUCCAACUGCAUUUGGAUGCCUAAUUCUUGCAAGCCAGCUGUCUUGAUAGCAGCGAUAAGGGAGAAUUGGGAGGCUGUCCAACUCCUGCUAGAAGAAGGAGCAAAUAUCAAUGCCACUUUGAGCAAAUAUCCAACAGAGAUCCUGCAUAAUGAAAUAUCCUGCAGUAUUGAAUCUAGACCUGCAGCCUUCACGCCACUCCAAGCAGCCGCCCGAGCCGGCAAUAUUACAAUGACUCGCCAGCUUUUACAACUCGGAGCACAUAUCGAUGCGAGACCGAAUGGAUCAGAAGGCCAUACAGCACUUCAAAUAUGUGCGAGCACUGGGAAUCUACGACUUGCCAAGAUUUUGCUUCAAAAAGGUGCUGAUAUUAACGCUCCGGCAGGCGUCUAUCAUGGGCGGACCGCAUUACAGGCUGCAGCUAUGCAUGCAGAUGUUUCUUUAUUGAUCUUUUUGCUCGAGAAAGGGGCUGAUGUGAACGCUGCACCUUCCAAAAAAGGUGGGAGAACAGCCCUUCAAGUCGCAGCAGCGAAUGAAAACAUUGAGGGGGUAAGGAUUUUAUUAGAAGCAGGUGCAAUUGUCAAUACUGAUCCGAAUCGCACUGAUGGCAAAACCGCACUCCAGGAAGCGAUUUUGAUUAAAGGAGACGAAGUGGUGAAGAGCGAAAUCAUUCAUCUACUCCUCCGUGCUGGAGCGCAUACCAAAGCCCCCAAAGAUGGUGAUUAUCCUCAUCAUCAACUUGUUUGGUCACCUCUUCAUGCAGCAGUGCAAUCAAGAAAUUCAAGGGUGACAAGGGAGCUUUUGGAAAAAGGAGUCAACUCAAAUCCGAGCUACUGUGCGACUACAAGACUCACACCCCUCCAGCGUGCGGCAUCUCUGGGCGAUUCGGACAUUGUACAACUUUUGAUAUCUCACGGAGCGAAAGUCAACUUCCCGCCUCAUCCGGAUGGUGGUCGUACAGCUCUCCAGGCAGCCGUUGAGGGUAAUCAUAUGUCUGUAUCAAACACUCUUUUGAAGUUUGGCGCUUCCAUAAGAUCCAAAAUUGCAGCAAAAAAGGGAAUUUCCGCAAUCCAAGCCGCCGCCGCAAAUUGUAAUUUGGAGCUCAUCCAGAUGCUCCUAGAUCAAGAUCCCGAGGCUAUCUCAUCCGAUCAUACUACAAAAAUAAACAUACUCAGGAGAGCAUUGUCAACAUGGAGAUGCGAGGUAGAUCUACUGAAACUUUUGAUUAAACACGGCGCAGAAAUCAACACAGUACCGGCCUCAUCGGAGGUGUCGAUUCUCCAAGCGGCUGCAAUGAAGAGCAAUUUUGGUUUUGUGCAGUAUCUGAUUUCCGCUGGUGCUGAUCUUAAUUAUCGUUGCCAUCCCAAUUAUGCUGGACCAACCACCGCUCUUCAAGCAGCCGCAGAUUUACGGCAUAUUGACAACGUUGCGUUGCUUCUUAAGAGCGGGGCCGAAGUCAAUGCGCCGGCGAAUGAGAAAGGCGGCAUGACGGCACUGCAAUUUGCAGUGAAGCGGAAACACCGCGUUAUGGUGAAGCUCUUGAUAGAGCAUGGAGCCGAUGUUAAUGCCUUACCCAGUCCAAUGCGGGGCAGGACUGCCCUUCAACAAGCUGUUAGCGAGGGUUCCUUGGAUCUCAUUCGUUAUUUGAUUGCUCGUGGUGCAGAUAUCAAUGCUCCAGCUGCUCGCUUUGCUGGCGUCACGGCUUUGCAAGCUGCUUCCAUUCACGGUGAUCCCUCAAUUGUCAUACUUUUACUCAAGGCCGGGGCUCAUAUCAAUGGAGCACCUGCCAUUGAAUCUGGUCGUAAUGCUAUCGAAGCAGCUGCUGAAAAUGGAAGAAUAGAUGCUCUGCAUGCUUUGCUCAAUUAUCAUCCCGAUACAAAAGAAUUUGAUAUCUGGAGAAGGCGAGCAGCCAGGCUGGCAAUGCUUCAUGGCCGUGUGGCUAUUGAGAGAUUUUUACGUGCGUAUCGGAAGCAUAGUAAUCAGCGCGGGUGA